AUGUUCGUUUUUUUAUCAAAAAAAAUUGGUAUGCCAAAUAAUGCAAAGAUUGAGGCAGUUUGUUGGAAUAAAGAAUAAGGAUGGAUUGCUGCAGGAGGUGAAAAGGGUAUUUUAAAGGUAUUAAAAAUAGAAGAUUAAAGAUAAAAAGAUGGAAGUAAUCCUACUACAACAGGAUAAUUGUUAGUUAAUAAUACUCUUGAAUACCAUACAAGCAACGUUUAUUUAGUAACUUGGAAUGAUCGUUAUCGCAAACUCACUUCAGUAGAGGAAAAUGGAAUUAUAGUUGUUUGGGCAUAUUUUAGAGAACUAUAAUUAUGGAAAGAAGAAAUGAUUAAUGAUCGUAAAAAGAGUGUAGUUAGAGAUUUGAAAUGGUCUCCAGAUGGCCAAAAAGUUUGUAUUGCAUAUGAAGACGGUGCUGUAAUUGUUGGUAGUGUAGAAGGUUCACCCUUGUGGCGUAAAGAAUUUCCACAUAAGUUAGCUUUAAUUGAAUGGAGUCCUGAUAGCAAAAUGAUGAUUUUUGGUACUCCAGAAGGAGAAGUUAGAGUUUACGAUAGCUAAGGAAUGGAGAUGUAAAGACUUAAAAUACACUGUCUUUAAAAAUUGAUAGAUCCCUCAAAGUCUUUUAGCCCCGACUUACCUCUGGCAGCUAUUGACUGGUUUCCACAAGCAAAAAUGUAUACCGAUGAUACUCCUCCUGGAUUGUGCAUUGCUUAUUAAUGUGGUAGAGUCUAAUUGAUGAAGAAUGAAAAAGAUGAUGAACCAGUUUUGAUUGAUACAAUGAUGAAGAUUUUCACUGUAAAGUGGAAUCCAAGUGGAUCUAUGUUUGCCAUUAGUGGAACAUAAGAUGAAAAUGGAGAAUUAAAAGGUGUAGUUUAAUUCUACAGUAACGCAGGUCAUCAUCUUAAAACCUUAAGAGUACCUGGCUCAGAUAGAGUGACAGGAGUUUCUUGGGAAGGUAGUGGACUUAGAAUUGCCAUGGCAGUAAAUUAAGCAAUAUUUUUUGCUAAUAUCAAGCCUGACCAUAAGUGGGCUUAUAUGUCUGAUGGAACUUUGGCUUUUGCUUAUUAAAAAAUUGACAGAGUUGAAUAUACAAUUAUUUUUUGGGAUACUAUAAAUAAUAAGAAAAACUUAAAAUUUGUUAAGAAUCUUUGUUGUCUCCGUGCUUCUGGUGAUCUGUGCUGCAUUGUUACUGAGCUGAUUGGAUAUGAUUUAUGGUAAAUAGAUUUAUGCAAUAGUAUAGGAUCUCCUAUUGAUAGCAAACAAAUUAAUAUUUAUCCCAAUGCAGUAACAAUGACUAAGACUCAUAUUAUUGUGUGCAGCUAAGACCAUGUAUACGCUUGGUAAUAUAAAAAUUAAGUUGAACGUUUGACAACUUUUGAAUAAUAAACUGGUUUGAGAAGAGUUGGUAGAGAACAGGCUUGGUUCAUUGACAAGGAAAAUGAUUCUAACAACUAAUAUGACAAAGAUACUUAUGAUGUUGAGCCUUAGAGCGAAGAUGUGAUCUGCACUGUUGCUGCUAAUGAGAAUUUCCUUCUUGUUGCACGUAUUUCUGGUACAAUUAAUGUUUAUACAUUCCCACAUAUUUCUCUCGAGAAUAAGCUUCAUAUUUAAACCCGUCCUUCUCAAAUGAGUUUAAAUAAAGAUGCAACUCGUCUUGCUAUUAUUGAUCAUAAUGGAAACCUAAAUAUUCUAAAAAUCACGCCUUAAGGUGAUGAAUUGCUUCCUUUUGAGAAGAAAGAAUGUUGGUUUGUCAAAUAUUCUGAUGACAUCCCUGAAAGUUUCGUUUUUAUGGAAAGAAGUAGAAUGUAUAUAGUAAAUGACUAAACACCUGAAGAGCCAAUCAUCACUGAGGGAUAUAUUUGCUAAUAUAAAGACUUUUAAGUUAAAAUUGUAUAUUUAGAUGACAUAAUGAAAUCACCUGAUGGUGUUUUGAGAAAAGAAGAACUAACUCUUGAAAUAGAAGCAAAUAUUCUAAAAGAUAUUAAAGAUUAAUUAUAUAAAAAGAGUAUGUAAGAAAUGUUUAUUGUAAUUAAAUAACAUGAUAACGAUUGUCUUUGGAGAGUUUAUGCAAAGAAAGCACUUGAAGAUAAUGAUUUUGAUUCUGCUGAAAAUGCAUUCGUUUAAUGUAAAGAUUAUGCAAGUCUUAAAUUUUUGUAAAGGGUCAGAGAACUUGAUGAUCGUGAAAGAUAGAGAGCUGAAAUUUAAUGCUAUUUUAAUAAAGUUGAAGAAGCUGAGGAGAUCUAUAAUAAAAUAGAAAGAAGAGAUUUAUCCAUUCAAAUGAGAAUGAAGUUAGGAGAUUGGGCUUAAGUUGUUGAUCAAAUUAGAGAAGGAACAGGUUAAGAUGUCGAAUUGUAAAAGGCUCGUUUGGAGUUAGGUAAUUACUAUGCUGAAAACUUUUAGUGGGAUAAAGCUGCAAAACAAUACGCUUUAGCCAAAUAUAAUCCAGGAUUAAUUGAAGCUUAUACACGUAUUUAAGACUAUGAAGGUCUUGAAAAACUUAUUGCAGAAAUACCUGAAAGAAAUGAAUUAUUGCAAGAUAUGGGAGAUAGGUUCUAGUAAGCAGGUCUUUGUGAUGCUGCAGUUAAAUGCUAUGAAAAAUUCGGUGACAUUAAGUAAGCUAUAGAUUGCUGUGUUUUAUUAAACCAUUGGAAUUUAGCAGUAGAACUUGCAGAACAAUAUAAUUUUGUCUAAAUUGAAGGUUUACUUGUCUAAUAUGCAAACUAACUUUUAGAAAAACGUAGAAAGUUAGAAGCAGCUGAGCUCUAUCGUAAGGCCAAAAGAAAUACAGAGGCAGCAAAAAUUCUCUCUCAAAUAGCUGAUGACUUAACUGAAAGAGAUGCAAAUCCUCUUAAUAUCAAAAAAAUGUAUGUUAUGGCAGCUUUAGAAGUUGAUUUAUAUAAAAAACGUAUGCUUGAUGCUACCAUGACAGGAUAAGCUACAUCAACUGCAAAAACUUUGAAUUCAUUGAUUACAAGCACAAUCAAUACAUCAAGUGCUGAUAAAAUUUUAAAUAAUCCUUGGAGAGGAGCAGAAGCUUGGCAUUUCUUUAUUCUAGCUUAGAGAUAACUUUAUAAUGGUUAGUUUAAAUAUGCUCUUAAAUCUGCACUUCGUUUAGGAGAAUAUGAAUUAGAGAUAGAUUAAAAAAAGAUUUAUUCUUUGAUUGCAAUUGCAGCUUAUUACAACAAAUCAUUUAGAGAAUGCUCUCGUGCCUUCGUUAAACUUUAGAAUCUUGAAAAUAUAACUGAAGAUGAAAAAGAAAGAUAUGAAGCUAUAGCUGUUUCUAUAUUUACCAAACAUCCUCCUCUUGAUUCACCUUGCGAAUAUACACCAUGCGUUGGCAAAAAUUGUUCUCAACAAGUCAGUGAAUAUGAUAUUCAUUGUAGAGCUUGUGGUAGUAAUUUCUCUCCUUGUGUUGCAUCAGGAAGACCUAUUUUCUAAAAAGAAUUCUACUAAUGUAAAAACUGCCGCCAUAAGAUGAUAGAAAGCGAAGUAUCAAGAUUAAAACUUUACAAUUGUGCUCUCUGUCACAGCCCAAUUGAUUUUAAGAGAUUUACUGAAAGUAAUAAUAAUAACAAUAAUAAUAUUUGA